UGCAACCCGGCAGUGAAUCCACUGGAGAAGAGGCUGCGUGACUACUGACUAAAUUUAGUGCGCUUCUGUCGAAUCAUUUGGCGUGAACAAUUUGUAAGAUUUCUUUAAAUAAAAUAAGUAAAAUCCGUAUUUGUUGAGCAUUCAGAGGUUACUUGGAUAAAGACCAUUCAGUUUAUUUUUUUGGCAAAAAUUGUCAUGAAAAUGACAGAGGUAAACAACGCUGUUGAGCCAAGUGUAACUGAAGAGGAUGUACGACUACUAAUAAAAAGAAAAGAAGAUAUUGAAGAGCAAAUCAAAGCAUACUACGACAUGCUCCAAGCUCAGGGAGGUGUAGGCAUGGACGGUCCUCUAGUUGAUGUCGAAGGCUUUCCCCGUGCAGAUGUGGAUUUGUACAAGGUCCGAACAGCAAGGCACAGUAUCUCUUGUUUACAGAAUGAUCACAAAGCUAUCAUGGUGGAGAUAGAGGAGGCUCUUCAUAAGCUCCAUGCUACAGCACGGGUCAGACAUGAGAAGGAUGAGACAAAGAUGGAAGCCACUGAACAGUCUGUGUCUCUGCCAUCCCCAUUUGCCCUGGUAGACGCUGUAACACAGGGUUCCCCUGCUUUUCAAGCUGGUUUGAGAGUUGGUGAUGAGAUUAUGGAGUUUGGGUCCGUAAAUACACAAAACUUCAGGAAUCUGCGUGACAUCGCUUCUGUUGUCCAACAUAGUGAAGGGAAAUCCCUUCGUGUUGGACUGUUUCGAAAUGGACAAGAAGUACAUCUUAAUUUGACUCCGCGGAAUUGGUCUGGUAGAGGAUUACUAGGGUGCAACUUAGUACCUCUUCAGAGAUGACCAGUGAAAGUGCAAGGAUCAUCUUUACGACAAACAACACAACUCUGAACUAGAUCAAUUUUUUGCUUGUUUUGCUUUUGCAAAUUGUAAAAUUGAGUUAAGUAAAUAAAUACCCAGGAGAGAUGACAAGAACAUUCAGUAUCAGACUGACUUAAUCUGUCAAAAGGAAAUAAUUUCUUAGCAAGCUUUUCACUUAGCUUUUUCUUCCAUUUCUUGCAUCCAUUUUUAUUUAAAUUCUUGUUUUAAUUUUGAUGCACUAUGGAAAAAAAUCUGGCAAGAGGAUCUUAAAUUGUACAUGCAAAAUUUCUUAACAUGUUAAGCCAUUUUCAUACCACUUUUUACGGAACCUGGUGUGUUUUCUUCCUUUGUUCGGUUAGGCAUAUAUGGACAUGGCAAUUGCACUCAGAUCCACACCAAAACAGUCGCUCAUAUGAUGGAUGAUGCAGAGGAAACUGACCAAUAAGAGGACAGACUUUCUCACAUGUGGCUUGCAUAAACACAUUUUGGUACACCUUGAAAUGUUGUCUUGUGAAAGCGAACCGAACCAAGAGGAAAAUGUAACAUUGUAACAAAUUAAGUCCCUGUUUCAGAACAAAGCAAACAAUCUACAGGUCUGAAAACGCCCUUAAUGUUAAAACACAGCAGAAUGAUAAGAACAGAGUCAUUCUGAAGGGCCUGGGCCCUGAUGUAUAAAGGUAGCAUAAGCUGCGUACCCUUUGUCACAGUUGCAUUAGAACAACACCAGGGUGAAUAAAUACUCAAGUCACUUUUUUUUAUUUUUUUUUUUUAUAGCGCUUUAUACAAUACAGAUUAUAAAGCAGUUCUGCAGAAAAGUGAUGUCAUCGUCCAGCUCAGUUCAGUUCUCAUCCAAUAGUGUCAGUGCAGUCAAAUCAGUAAUAUUGUUGAAUAUUAAGUGUCCCCAACUAAGCAAGCCAGAGGUAACAGUGGCAAGGAACCCAAACUCCAUCAGGUGACAGAAUGCAGAAAAAAACCUUGGGAGAAACCAGGCCCAGUUGGAGGGCCAACGAACGAACAUGGUGUGUUUGUGAUUCAGGCUGCAUCACACACAAAUCAGAUUGUGGAUUGGUAGCAUUCAAAUAUUCCAUCUAGUUCCUUUUGCUUGAUUGGAUUGAAGAUUGGAUUCAUCUCGCUGAUGAAGCUGGUCAUAUGUCUGUGCAGAGGACUUGUCUGGUUUUUGUGGUCUUUGCUGAGGAUUUGUGUCGACGGCUGUCGUGUUGAUGAGGCCUUUAUGGGAUUGUCUAGUUGACAGGAUCUCUGCUGACAUUCAGGGCUGCGAUGUGGUCAUGUCUAUAGGUGCAGGUCCGGUCCACCAUCUGAUCUGGAUAUGGACCGGAUACGGCUGACUACAGUAACCUCGGGAUAAACGGAGAGACUAAUAUUAGAGUAGGUGGCAUUCUUCUUACGAUGUAACAAGUACAUUGUUAUGAGAAGUCUUCCCAGUUCCGGUUGACCUAAUUUAUGUAGCCUAACAAUUCUUUAACGGGAAUUAUAGAAAUGUGAUUAUGUGUAUGCCAGGUUAAUAGAUGUGUUUUUAGUCUAGAUUUAAACUGGCAGAGUGUGUCUGCUUCCUGAACAAGGCUUUUGGUGCUAAAUAGGAAAAGGCUCUACCGCCUGCAGUUGGUUUUGACAUUCUUGGUAUUUUAAACUGGCCAGAAUUUUGAAAUAGCAAUAGAUAUGAAGGAAUAUAAUGCAUGAAGAACUUCAUAAUUAGCAAGAUUUUAAAAUGUAUGCGAUGUUUAAUUGGGAAAUAAUGUCUGAAUUUGUAUUUUUGGGUGAACUAUCCUUUUAAUAUAUGUGAUAAACAUAUUACGAUUUCAACUUUGGGCAGCUUUAUAUCCCAGGGGUUGAUGAUGAUGAUUAUUAUUAUUAUUAUUAUUAUUAAUAUCAAAACAAUCAGAUUUCAACUUUUUCUUGUAUAAAAAUCAAAUUAAAACUGAUGUAGAAACCUUU